AUGGCCAAAGCAGGCAACCUCAUUGCCCUCAUCAUCCUGAUUGUCAUCGUUGCCGUUGUCGCAGCCAUCGGAUUUGUGGCCUACUCAAUCGCUCAUGAUGUCGGACACAAGACGCGGCAAAAACUGGAGAGGAAGAACGUUUCAUUCAGUCGUGACGGGAUGAAAGUCGGGGUGAAAGAAGUGACACGGGAACAACAGGAGGAUGCGGCGCAGAGUGUUUUGACAAAAGUCUGGAACAACUCGUCUCAAUCUCCGGCGCUAGGAUCGGGACAGGGAAGCAAGACGCCUUCGGGGACGCCUGGAGCGGAGAAGAGGAACCCGUACGUGUGA